AUGGAGCAAUGCAGCCUAAUGAAACCUAAGUGUUUGCUUUUCCUGUUCCUUCUGGGUUUCGGCAGACUUAGUCCCACAGUGUCUUCUAUUGAUGAGUCAAACGUGGCGAGUUAUGAAGUGGAGAGGAGGUCCAAUGCCGGUGACUUGUUUUAUGUAAACACGAUAAAUGUCAGUCAGAGUCGAUUAAGCGGCUGGUGCAGUAAGUUUGGACCCGCAUAUUCGGCGGGGGGGACAAAUUGCGGCUGUACUUGUGACUCUGAUGUUUCGUCUUUCCUCCCGUCGUUGAGGAGGUGUCUAAAAGGAAAUCAACUUCUAGAAAACCUUAAAGGUGAUUACAGCAUUUUCACAAAUCCCAUAAUAGUAUCAAGCAUUUCGUCUACGGGUCUUUUUGAGGGAAGGGGGAGGGGAGGGCGUGGAAAGGGAGGUGAAGGUCCAAGUAAUUGUGAAGAAUAGCAUUCAGAAAAAACACAGGAGUGUGACGUUCUUUAUCAAAAUCCUAGUGAAAUCACUGGCCUUAUGCUUCCAGUAUUGCAUUGUAAUUUAGCAUACAUUUACAAAUCCUCUGCUUGGUGGUGAAGUUACUUGGGUUUAACCCAGUGGGAUCAGGAUGAAAAUGUUUGUAGUAACAGAAUGGCAGGAUGGAAUGAAAAUAGUGGUGGGAUGGGGGAUUGAAAAGUCUAUUUUGGACCCUCUUUUUGAUGAAGUACCACAUGCAUUCUGCAUGUUGGUAUAUAUACUCAGUGUACUGUUGCAUAGUACAAAUCUGACUUUGAUCGAUUUUGAUGUUUAUAAAUCCUUUCUUUAAACAGGUUGUCCAAAAGGUACAUACCAAAAUUUGUUUGGUACUGCUAAUGAUCCUGUCUUUAAGUUUGCUGUUAACCUUACCAGGAGAAUAAUAAAGAAAACAUCAGCUAAGGGAAAUCAGCUCAAUUGUAGCCUCUAUGGAUAUUUUUUUGAUUAUGGUGGUUUUCAUGCUAGUUGGAAACAUGUUCUUGAAGGAAUCUUUAAGGUUAUUAAAAAGGGAGGUGCAUUUAACAUAAAGGUGAGACAAUUGAUUAUUCUGUUUACAAAUUAAUAUCUAAUAGUUCUACCUUGAAAAUUUUUUGUUGAGAUUGGGCUUAUAUCAUAGAGUUUACUCAAGUUCACUUUCCACCUAUGCAUGGGUGUAAGAACUCAGAGUGAAAGCAUCAUCAAAAGCAAACUUCCUGAAGCACUGGAAGAGAUGAGCCAUCAAAUUGUAAUUGGUUUUGGUUUUGUAUUUGAUUGAGAUUUCAGGCAUGAGAUUUCUUUACUAAUCUGAUUGCAGAAAAAUAUUAAUAGCUAUAAAAAAGAGUGGGAAUGACUUUUAACUGUGCCUUCAUUUUACAUUGUGAACACCUAAAGAUACAAACAGAUUUGCUUUCCGCAUAUACGACAUUUUGCAGAGAUAUCAUUAAAUAAAUAUUAUUUUAGAAUUGUCUCAGAUAUGAAAAUCACAACCAGUUCUUCUGUGGUCCUGCUAUUUGCAAUUUUGUGGACAUAGAAUUAAAAAGCCCUUCUCUCUGAUUUUUCAAGCAAGUAAUAAAGAAAAGUGUAACAAGUAUUCAUUAAGUUGGUUUUUCUCUUUUCUUUAUAUAGAAUGCAAUCUUAUAAUUUACAAAUUAUAAUUUUUUGCUAGAGUAUUUUUUUUAUUAUGUUAUAUGAUGUUUAAAAUUAAAAGGAAUUAUAUAUUAACUGCUUUGAUUUACUUUAAUUUUUUUUGCAAUUGAUUACACUAUAGUCUAUUGACUUAAUCUUUGUUUUAAUUAUCCAUUAAUUCUGCAUUGAUGAACUAAUUCUUUGUCAUAUUUUAUGAAUACUGGUAGCUGUAUACUGAAGAAAAAAGUAAAUAAAAAAAAUUGCUGGCAAUGUGUAUGUGCUUUUUGUAAGUUAACAGAGUCUUAUUUAAUCAAUAGCCAUUAGCAGUCAUCGUACACAUUUUGAUGUUCUCUUUUAGAUGAAAGACAAGUCUAACAAAUUGUCUGGGAGAGUCAUCAAACUUAAUCUCAUGUGCACAAAUAAAACACAAAAAGGUCAGCCAGUAUUACAAGCUUGUUAUCUUUUCAAGGCAGUGGGACAUGUAACAUGUAAGUAAAAUCUCAUUAUGAUGAUUAAGUUAAACUUUGCAGAAUUCCUAUUUUCCAAGAAAAACUCAGUGAUUAACUUUUAUGUUUGUCGAAGCUGGUUCACACAAUGACAAGUUAAAACAUACUAGAUAAAUCUAGUGAGAAAUCUCAUGAGCAUGAAAACCAGUAAAUUCAAGGCUUAGGCCUGUCUGGCCAGGGGUAUUGGGUAUUGACUGUCAUAUUUGAGUCUUUUUGAGUCAUAUAUGUAUGUAUUAUUUUAACAUAGCAAUACAGAGUAAUAUACUAAUAUACGUUAACUUUUGGUCAACAACUUUAUGAGGUAACUGUUAAUAGUAUGUGUUGAAAUUGUUGCAAUUUUGAAGGUACAAUUUGCUAUUGCAUGGGGAAAAAUUGGGUAACUUUGUAUAAGAUUAAAAUUCCCCUAGAGUGCAAAAAACCUUUGAAGGCUAAGCAAUAAUUGUACCAUAUACUGUGAUUUACUUACGGCAGCUAACCAGUAUGCUUUUUAUAGCAAUGUAUUAUAAACAGAGCUCUCAAGUUGAUUUGCUAGCAGAGAUUGAGACACCACUGGCAUCACAUAUCAGGAGGGAGGGAUGGGGGCAUGCUCCUUAGAAAAUUGUGAAAAAGUGAAACUGCUAAUAAAAUGUGCUUUCUUUUAUUCGAAAUGAGAGUUUCCACUGCAGCAAGUGUUAGUAGCAAGUUAAAAGGGAGCGAAGAGUAAAUCAUAUAUUCAGUUUUACAGGAAGAUUCCACUUGAUAGGAGCAGCAGCAUAUUACCUCAAAAUCAAUGGUUUAAAUCAGAAAUCAGUAUCUUAUCUAGGGUACCCAGCUAAGGGGGCAUUAUGUGUCCUAGUCAACAAAUUUCAGAGAGACAUAAUCUACCCCCUGUAUAGCAUUUGUUCAAACUAGUGCCUGGAACUUCGGAGAAUUGAGCCUUUUAUGUAUGUCAUAUACCCUGGAUUUUGGUUCUUGUUUUUAACUUGUAAUUCUUCUGAAAUUUAAACCAAAAUAUUGUUUUAAGAAGAUUUUAUUCAAGGCGAGAUUACAUUUCCUUGUUUCGUUUUCUUUUGAAACACAAUUUGAAGUGCACCUAAAUGACUCAGAAAAGUUAUUUGAAGAAGAUAUAUUUGCUCAAACCAUGGAAAUCCUGCAAUGGUGUGCUCUAGAUCAGACAGUGAGAAACUUGACUCACUGCUUGAUGAAGACUAUCAGUUGCGAUAGUGGUUGAAAUAAAACAAUGUACAGUUAAUAGUACUACACAUGUAUGCAUACUAGACAAGCUGUAAAAUGUUCAAUAGGAAAAAAAACAGAUCUGCCAUAACUGUACCUGUCCUGCUACAUGUAAGAGUGUGAUUCAGAUCCCUCAAUUUGCUUUUUGCAGAUUAUGCCCCAGCAAGGACAAGUACUGUACAUACUUUUCGGACAUCUGUGGGUUAUCACACAUCAUCAUCAUUUACACAUCCAUCUUCACCAUCACCACAAUUACCACAAUCAACACAAAUAACUUCAAUGUCAUCAUUGUCACAUUCAGCAUCUCUACCAUCACCAUCUCCUUCCUUAGAUGUCAUGACAAGGAUUCCAACAACACUCACUGAAAAAUUUUCACACAUGGGAACCAGAUCUCUUGAAACAAGGCCGGCCUUACGUACAUCCAGAUCAAUUCUGCCAUUAACAUUAAAUACAGAAGUUGAAAGCCUCUUGUCAGUCAGUUCAGAGGACGUUAGUAAUCAAGUAAUAUACACAGGAAUUCAUACAUCAUCGGUUACCACAGGAGAGCCAAAUUAUAGUGAACCAUCAGAGGUGGGUUUUCUUACUGGGAAAAGUUGUUGUUUCUAUCAGUGUAAAUGUGAAUAGGAUCCAGUGAUACCACUACACCUAAAAGCCCAUGGCUGUGACAAAAAUGAAUUUGAAUAGCGACUUUGGGAGCCUAGAGAUUAUGAUAGUGCCAGGAAGUUAGCAAUUAAGUGAAUUCAUUGGCCUUAAGGUUGACCCACUGGAUGCCACAGUACUUUCAAAAUAUGAUUUGUUUUCUGAAAUCCAAAAUGAUUUACUGUAUGACAAGGGAUUGUAGAGUACAAUUGAAGGUAUGGUAAGAUUGUACCUUGCAAAGAUCUUUAAAUUACAGGGUAUAAUUUAUUUGAUAAUUAUUUAACCUUUUUUAUCCAUGUCCUCUAAUAGCUACUGACCACUGAGGCAAGUCUUCCUACUGUGGAUGGUCCAGGAGACAAAGAGGCCAGAAAAAGUGGAAAAGACAAAGGAGUAGCAAUUGGUGGAGGAGUUGGUGGUGCUGUUGCUUUUGGGAUUAUUGUCAUAGGGUUGAUCACUGUAUUUUGUAGGAGAAGAAAGUUACGGUAAGUCACUUAAACAUAAACUGAGAGAAUUUUACAGCUGAAGCUAAAUGCCUUGUCCAAAGUAGGAGUAUGUAACUAAUCAAAUGAAUAAGAUCAAUUUUUAGUAAGUAAGAUGUUGGAAAAAGAGGAGUCCAAUUACUGCUAUAUUAUUAAAUGGGUGACUAAGAAAGUUGUGGGAUUACUAAGUUGGAGUCUAUUCUGUUAAUUGUAAGAAUGAUAAUAGCUGGAAUUAAUUUAUUGGACAACACAAACUCCCAUUAUGAGAGAAGAGCUGACAGACCUAUAUGCACAAAUGUACAAAUAUUGCAUAGUAACUAGUUUUAUAUCAUGACAGAUACUGUCCUUUUACAAUGUGUCUACUUACAAGAAUGGCGUGUAAACUUUCCUGUUAGUGUUUAAAUCCAGCUUCUGAUAACCUGAAUCAUCUUUUAGAAUUUUGUUAAAUAUAGUUUUGAGUGAGUCAAACCUUGUACCUUAAUUUAGACAUGAAUAUAUUUAUUAACACAAAUAAGGUGAUUACAUAUGUUAGGAUAUGUUAUAUAUGUUGAAGAAUGUUGACAGGCUAUUUGUUCUCUAGUCAAUGUGUUACAUAGGAUUCAAAAUUCAAUAAGAAACCUUUAAUGAAGAACAUUCAUUUGUAAAAUGCAUAUUAGUUGAGAAUGAAUAAUUAUAAAAAACAUACAAUACAAACUUUGAAACCAUAAGCCCUAAGCUUUCUCUACUUCAUUUCUAUUUCAUAGCAACAUUGAACUUUGUAUUUCUUCAUUGAAGAGAGCAAAAGAAUGUACAGAGAUCAGACUGAGAUGAAAAUUUGCUUUGACUUUUUUCAUUAUAAAAUUAGCAUUUUGUUAUGUAAUAGAGAAGUCUUGUGAAAUUUUUAUACUGUGAAUGAAGAAGUGAACCAAAUAGAGCUUACUUAAGGACUUGUGAUUUAGAAAUGAUCAUAGUUAUGAGUAGUAAUCCACAUUUCGUUUGCAGGGAAAGCAUGGAAAAGAAAGAAAAAUUAUUUGUAGAAGGUAGGGAUUUGUAUUUAGUAAAUAAAUCAUAUCAAGUAAAUCUUAACAUUUGGAAGGAGACCAUUGUCAUGUUUACAACCAUGGUAAUACGCUGGAAAUUGCAUGAUCUUUCUAUAUGAACACUUAAUUAGGACUCAAGUUGCAUGAUACUGAUGCACCAACUAUUUUGUUGUUUGCUAGAGUCUUGAAUACCAAAUUAAUAUUCUUUCACAAUUUGGUAUAAUAGUUGGUAAGUAUUGUCAAGGAAUUCAUAGUUUGCAAGUACUUUAAUUAAAUUUUUAAUCCUAGUUAACAACCCAGUGUAUGAGAAACCUCAAGAUGACAUUAAAAUGGAAAGACCAAGAGAGAAAGCCACAAAUUUCAAUGAACAAGACAGUCAACUGACAUACCUGGAACCUGUUGAUAACAAAGGUGAGUUGGUCAGCAAUAAUGUGGAAUGGUGGUGUAGGGGGAUGGGUCAAUAUUGUAAGAAAUAAUAAUAUAUAAGGAUGAGUAGCACAGUCACGCCGCCAUUUUGGACUCAAGUGCCUUUGCUAACGAAUAUCUUCGGGAAGGUUUAACCUCUAAAUCUCACACUUUCCACAAUAUAAGCUUAGUUAUCCUACUUCAUUUUGGUGUAAAGAAAACAAGGUUUGCGACAAAGUGAAAAUUGUAAAAAAUAAAUAUUUCCUGAAAAUGCGUGAAUUUCUGGGUGUAACGCGUAACAUGAAAUGUAUCAGACGGAAGAAAAAAAAUGAAAUAUCUCAAUAUAGAACGCACAUGGGGCCACUAUUUUUUGGCCGUUAGUAGUUUAUGACAAAAGCAACAGGCAGUAUGAUUUGCAACAAGAAUGGUUUAUUCUAACGCAAGUUAUAAACGUCUGUUUUUAUCCAUGUAAACCAUGUAACGCUCGCAACUAUUAAAACAACCAUAGUGUGCAAAACUAGCAAUAAUGAUAAUUUCGACUGUGUAAGCAACAAACUAAUAACAAAAAUGUAAUGGGCAUACAUCAUAAUAUUUACAAACCAACGCUGAAGUUGAAUCGUCGAGUAGAAUGUUUUCCAGAUCAAAAUAAAACGCGCGGAAACACAUUUCGUAACGGCCAUAUUGAGCUUAAUUCCAUCACAUAUCCACCAGUAGAUCCGUUGUCAGACGCGAUUCUUGUUAAGUUGAGUAAACAAGCUCACCUCUCCUGGAAUGGGCUUGUAUUAAGCUAAAUUUACAGAACGUUUCAACCCAUUUCGUUAGAUCUAACGAUAGAAAUUUACGUUUGGUCGACGCGGAAACACUUUCCGCCAUUGCUGCCGUGUUCAUGAACCGUAACGAAGGAAAGUGACGAAGGAAUAUGGCGAAAAACACCACCAAAACUUCCACGAAAUCCGCUCCUUCGCAGCUUCUCUUUGAAAGCAUAUGGUUCGUUUACACAGAUAAUAAUAGGGGAGUCCAUACAGAGUUUGCAGGGGCAGAUUAUUGCAUAACAAUGAAAUGUAUUGUAAUGAAUGGAAGCCGGUGGAGCUAACCAGAGAGGGUGAUGUGGCAACCACUCGACAGGCAACUGAAGCACCAAUUUUAGACCAUGAUACUGCUUCCUACAUAGCUGACCUGGCCAGCAAGGGAAGUACAGUUGCGAUAGCCGCUGAAGAUGAUCCUGUCUACGACUUCUAUCUCCUUCAGGUCACUUCUGAUGGAGUUGAAGAACUUGACAGUAAUGUCACAGAUGACUAUCAGUGUCAUUAUUACAGAGGAGACAGAGUUCUUAAGGGGCACUUUUACAUAAGGGAGAACAUUCAUGACAUGACCUUCACAAUUGACGAAAAACGGAAAGCGUUUGUACCUGCUGCUACUGUCCGUCACAUUUGCGGUGACCUACCAGUCAGAAAGAGAGGACGAAAGUCUAUUUACAAACUCCCUUUAUAAGAAGAUGAGGAAAUCAUUGCUUCAAUGUGAACUAAUAAUUACAAAACCUCUUUUUUUCCAUUUUUACAUUGAUUUUCUUAAGAUUUUAUGAAAAACCAAAAAUAUGCCACGCCCACAAGGGAUUGUGGGUAAUACCAAAAUUAGUGUUAUUAAUGCAAAAUAAUAAAAAUAUUUACAGAUAUUGAUUACAAUGUACAUUUUGAUCAAAAUUAAAGUCAAAAAGUGAUAAAAAGUGAAAAAAUAAAAAAAUAGUUAUAUUUGAACUAUGUUACAGCAAAUGGCUAUGUGACUGUGCUACUCAUCAAGGGAUUAAUAAUAGUCACAUUAAUUCGUUCCAUCCUGAAUUUAAUCCUUUGUUCUAAUUGGCUAUCCAAGUGGGGGAGAUGAGCACUAGCUUGUUUUAGAGUGCCUUCUUGAAUCCAUGUUAAAAAAAAUUUUGCUGAAUGGACUAACAAAGUGUGUAAGUUUUGGACAGUGUUGUUUAUGGUACUGCCAAAAACAAACAAAAGAACUUGGUCAAUAUCCUGCCAUCUCGACCUCAUGCAUGCAGGUCAAUAACGCAGAUAUUCCACAAACAGUGGCCUUUAAAAUUAAUAUGAGGUUAAAAAUAGCCUAGUUAUACAAAAUUUAGCUGAAGAAUUCUCUGAUCUCCAAUGACUGGUUAACACCCUGGAAUAUAUUCAGAACAAUUUAUUCUCUUAACUUUUAUUUUUGAUAUUUUAUUCCAUUUCCACAUUAGGAUAUGAAAAUUAUGGAGCUGUGUACAGUACUGUAGAUGAAAAUUAUGACAAUUCAUCUGUUUACCAAAGUCUGGACAAGAAUACACCUACAGCACCACAAGUCUACCAGAGUUUACAGAACAACCAGCCUUCCACCAAGAAAUCGAUACCUAAACAGGAACAAAGCAAUGCAGAAAAACCUGGAAAACCCAGUGUACCCCCAGACCCUGUUUAUAAUGUCCUUGAGGAGGCUCACACCAGACAAGGAAAUACAUCAGAGGCAAUAUAUAAUGUACUGGAAGGGCCAGAUCCUGGACAUGAUACUCCAGGGAACAUUCAGGACCCUGUUUACAAUGUGCUGGAUGGGCCUGGUGCAGGACAGACAUAUGAAGCCCCAGAUGUUGGUGUUCAACAGGAUCCACUUUAUAAUGUGCUUGAGGUGCCUGAAUCCACACAAGAACAUCAGGAACCACUAUAUAAUGUGCUUGAAAGUGCAGAUACCGAAAAUGCCCCUUCCAGACAGGAUGGCUCCUGUGAUGGUGCAGCCAGUGAGCCCCUGUAUAAUGUUCUCGAUGGGGCAGAUUCAAGUGGAGCAAAUUCAAGUGGUGCAGAAUAUGCUGCUCCCAACAGACACCUAUCUGCUGAUGGUCAUGACGACCCAGCCUAUGAGCAGACCCUUGAAUUUGGUGCACCACAUGCAUUGGUGGACAGCCCUGGGUCUCAGAGAGAAUCUUUGUAUGAGCCCCUGAAAGGGUCUGAUAGGCAAGAUAUGUAUGCGCCCCAUCACAAAAAGGGGAAAUGAAUGAUACCAAGGACGUGGACCUUGAGUUAAAAACAAAGUUAACAGAAGUUGGUUGCUAUCUAGGGGCCUAGGAGCUCUCCAUUGAAAUUAAAGUCAAUAUUGACUCUCAAUUGUCAUUAUGUUAGCCAUUAAAUCAACAGAGGCAAUGGGAGGGUAGGAAUUAAAAUGGGCAUCUCUUUCUGACAGGGUGCAAUUGCAUGAUAUGUAGCAUCACGGGGCAAGUUACAAGUAAAAAAUAUAUUAUAAAGUAUUUAAAAAUUUGUAUUUUUGUAACAAAGAUGCAGAAAUUUGCUGCCAAGCAGAAUUCAAGAACACUAUUUUUGGACUGAAACUUUUUGAAUGACUAAAAUUAAUUAGAAUUACCUGAAAACUGCAUUUAUCUUAACCAAUCAGAACUGAGUAAUUUUUUCAUGUAUAUUACUAUGUUCAUAAUUGAUCAACAGUGAUGGUGUCACAGGAAUGGGAGAUGGCAUCCCCCUCUCCACCACUAAGGCAUACCAAUGUAUUCUGAUCAUUUCCAGAGCUAAUGGUUUGCUUUGAAAGGUUGCAUGGUUUCCCCAUUAGGUGACAUUAUGCAGGCUUAUUUGCAAAGAACUAAAAUAAAAACAACUCUUUCGUUUUCUUUGCAAUUUUUUAUUUGCAGUACCACGUGCCUGUACAUAACCAUAUCCAGAUGCAUUUUAAAAUUGGUUCCUCUUUUCUUUACUUAGACUUUUUAUUUUAUUUAUUACACACUUACAAUGCCACCAUAGCUUGUAAACAACUAAGGAAGGCGAUGAGUUAAACUUCUUAAUACCGACAAGAUCAACUUACUUUUAAAGCAAGCAAAGUAAAGAUAAUCUUCAAGAGAAUUUUCAAUUUUAAUUAAGUUUGGAAUACGAACAUGCAUAAAUCCAACCAAAAACAUCUUACCACUCAGUAUAUUAUGCAAUUCAAAAUAUAAUUUAAUUAUCUAUUACUGUGAUAUUUUAUAUGUGGUACUUUUAUUUAUUUUUGUAUUCCACGAAUAUUAUACCCUCGAGAUGACAC